AUGGUCCCAAAACCUCAAGCCAAGCAAACUGCACGAGGCCCCUCAGAAGCAGACAUCGCCACGAACCGAGCCCGCGUCAACUACUCCGAAGCCUCGCGUUUAGCUAAAGCAUGGCUCAGCGGGUUCACUUUCACUUCGGCCAACGGCUCCCAUGACCGUGAAACUGACACGGAUCAGCAUGACGAGGAGGAGGCCGAAAGGGAACUACUCAAGCAUCAGGACCGAUACUCCGACACAGGCGGGAUAGGAUACCGUGCGCCGGAAUCGUCAUCGUCCACGUCCACGUCGGCCGCACGACCGGCGGUAACAGACCCGACGACCAUGUUCCUGCGGAAACAGUUGCUAGGAGGUCGCAGUGGGGCUCGAAGUAGCAUGGAAGUACAAAGGUAUAAUGCCACAGCUGGGCGAAUCCGCUCGCAGGUGCACCGGACUGGAAAACAAGGUGAUUCCGACGAGGACGAAUCGCGGGCGUCUGUGAGUAAGGGGAGGGGCGCACGGCAGAAUAACGUCGCCAAGGCCGUCUCUUCUGAAACAGCUGCAAGAACAAGGGAGACCGAGGAGAUCCCCCGGGCUGAAUCACUGGCUGGACAGAGAGCAGCGAGUGCCGAUCACGAUAGCACCGACAUUGCCCUAUCUACUCGACCGCCAUCCGCGCAAGCCAAGGCGAGCAAGAAGCGUGGGACUGGGAGCUACCUGGACGAACUCCUCGCCUCCAGAGCAGCUAAGAGGCAAAAGAAGAACAAGGGAACGGGCAGCAAGCCCGGUUGA